GUAUUUUAGUAAAACAUUUAGCAUUAUUUAAGAGAAAGAGCAGAGCAAGUAGUUCACUCACUCACUCACUCAACACUGAACUUCACAAACCAAAGCAAUGGCUCCUAACCAUGCUUUCAUCUUUUUGGUUCUAUUAUCCUUUUCACCACAACUCUUCUUCACUCUUUCUUCUGCACAACAAGAUAAUGGUCUUCUUAUGAACUACUACAAAGAAUCAUGUCCUCAAGCUGAAGAAAUCAUCAAAGAACAAGUCAAACUUCUUUACAAGCGUCACAAGAACACUGCUUUCUCAUGGCUCAGAAACAUUUUCCAUGACUGUGCUGUUCAGAGUUGUGAUGCUUCUUUGUUGCUGACUUCCACAAGAAGAAGCUUAUCUGAACAAGAACAUGACAGAAGCUUUGGUUUGAGGAAUUUCAGAUACAUUGAUACAAUCAAAGAAGCUGUUGAAAGAGAGUGUCCUGGAGUUGUUUCUUGUUCUGACAUCCUUGUUCUUUCUGCUAGAGAUGGCAUUGUUUCGCUAGGAGGACCAUAUAUUCCUCUGAAAACAGGAAGAAGGGAUGGUAGAAAGAGCAGAGUGGAUUUAUUGGAAGAGUACCUCCCUGAUCACAAUGAGUCCAUUUCUGCUGUUCUUGACAAAUUUGGUGCCAUGGGAAUUGACACCUCUGGAGUUGUUGCUUUGCUUGGAGCACACAGUGUUGGUAGAACCCAUUGUGUGAAAUUGGUGCACCGUUUGUACCCAGAAGUUGAUCCAGCACUAAAUCCAGAACACAUUCCACACAUGCUAAAGAAGUGCCCUGAUUCAAUUCCAGACCCAAAGGCAGUCCAAUACGUGAGAAAUGACCGUGGUACCCCCAUGAUUCUAGAUAACAACUACUAUAGAAAUAUCUUGGACAAUAAGGGUCUUUUGUCAGUGGAUCACCAAUUAGCCCAUGACAAAAGGACCAAACCUUAUGUAAAGAAAAUGGCUAAGAGUCAAGAUUAUUUCUUCAAGGAAUUUUCUAGAGCUAUUACUUUGCUAUCUGAAAACAAUCCUCUUACUGGCACAAAGGGUGAGAUUAGGAAGCAAUGCAGUGUUGCCAACAAGCAGCACUUUGAUGAACAACCUUGAAUGGAGUUUCAUAUUCUAAUGUCUCCAGACUAUGUAAGAUAUUAUUAUUAUUAUUAUUAUGCAAAAAUAAAAGCUUUUGUCUUCAUGGGUUGGUUUGUAAGGUCAAUGAAUUGAGCCUUUGGAGGUUGUGGAGUUCAUCUUAUGGGGAUUGGAUAAAUUAUAUGCUUUUAGUUUUUAAUUAAUCUUUUGAGAUGUAACUUUUUUUAUUUUAUUUGUUUAAUAAUAUUAAUAUGCUAGCUCAGUGUUGGGCAUGUUCACGAGGAUGGUAGUGAUGAUGUUUAUAUUUAUAUUUAUAUGAUAUUUAUGCUAUUCAAUUUGUUGUUUUAUAUACACAUCAUA